AUGGGUAACACAACAAGCCCUCCCAAGCGGAAGGACUCCAGCCACUUCACCGGCCCCAAACACUACAACGCCGCCUAUACCAGCGGCGCUUUCUCCUUCUUCAACCCAACCGCCCGCUAUCACGUCCUUGCGCCCCCAAGCCACAACGAGGUCGAGCCCCAAGUCGAUCCAGCAACAGGAAACAAGAAGAAGCCAUCCCGAGCCUCCGACGAGCUCUCCCUAACCGGUAACGAAGCCGCCUCCGUCCUCGGCCACCGUACCACCAACGACACUACCCAAGAAGCCGCCGUCGCAUCCCUCCCUCAGGACACCGACAUCCCCACCCUCUCCGCCGACCAGAUCGGCCACGCCCUCGAAGCUACCGAUUCCCAGCUCAGCGCGCAAAGCUCGCUCCAAAAUGCCGCCAACGCAGCGACCGUUUCGCCCGAGCGGCUGGCGGGUGCCCUCGGCACCUCACCUUCUCAAAUCGGAAGGAUCGUCCAGCUCGGGGCCGGGAACGGGAAUGGGAGCAAGACGUCCGUUAACACCACGCAGCAAAAGCAGCGAGAACAGGAUCAGAAGGAUAGUGGGGUGUAUUAUGUCUGGCGAAGUAGGGACAAUAGGAAGGGCAGACAUGCGGCGGUUGUUACGAAGCCAGAAAUCUUGCGGCGGGGGAAGCAUCAGGGGAAGAAGGAAAGUAAUGGAGGAGGUGGAAAUGAAGAGCGUGGGAAGGAUAACGAUGAUGCAGAGGAAUGUGACAGGACUAGUGGUGGGUGGAGACACAGGAGAAAGUUGCAGGAUGAAGAGAAGGGUGAGGGGAUUGAGGAGGAGGAUGCCAGAGAGGAAAAUCGGGGGGAAGGCCCGAGAGUCACGAACAGCUGGGUAUCGACGUGGCAUGGUGUGUCGAAGAUGGUGACGAGCUUUCCAUGGUGGGAUAUCAGUUAUGAUGUGGCUUUAACCUUUUUCCUUGCCGCGAUAUCAAGAAUGAUUAACGGCUUCUUCGUCUAUCUCCCCCUCAGCACGCCCGAAUCCGAAUUCAAAGGCGAAAAGACCGGCGCCGGCGCCACCCGUCUCAUCACCUGUACUCUCGUUGUUAUCUCAUCUGUCCUGUUGAUGCUCGAAGCCGUUAACGAAAACCGUGCCGACUGCUUCGGCUGGGCCCUCGAAGAAAGUCUCGCCGGCAACGCGGACGGCCCCCGCUUGCGCUCUGAAGAACAUCAGGGCAAGCGAUGUACCCACCACCAUCACGUUCGCUACGUCAUCCUUCGGGGGUCUAACCCGAGAGAUCAGCGCAAAGCCGUCGUGGUACCCGUCUCUGUCUCCGUGCCCGAUGACCAGAACUUGCACAACGAGAAGAGAGAUGACCCGCAGGCUCACAGCGAUGGCGAUGCCACGGACUCAAAUGACUCCGACGGGAAGGGAGAAAUCAAUAACCACCACAACCACCAGAACCCUUCGCGCGCAUGGAAGUGGUGGCCAUCCUCCGACGAGCUCAAGUCGCACUACCUGCACGAGAUCGGCUUCCUGUCGUGUAUCUUGCAGCUAAUCGGAUCGAUAAUUUUCUGGACCGAGGGUUUCACCGGUCUGCCCGUUGUCCAAAACAACAUUUCUACGGGCGCGCUUGCUGGGUGCUACUGGGUGCCCCAAGUUGUCGGAGGCUUCUUCUUUGGUCUUUCGGCGGUCUUGACCAUGGUGGAAGUGCAGGACAGAUGGUACGUUCCCGCGCCGAAUCUGCUAGGGUGGCAUAUCGGUGCUUGGUGUCUGGUGGGAAGUUUUGGGUUGAUAAUAACGGGGGCGCUGGGGUUUGUGCAAAAUGCUGGGGCGCAGUAUAAGUAUGCGGUUGGGAUGGCUACUUUUGUGGCAAGUUGGGCUUUUUUGAUCGCUUCAGUGAUUCUGCUGUUCGAAGCGCUGAACAAGUAUCCCCUUACAGUCAGCACUGCACCUCCUUCACGCCAGCCUCAUAUCCGCCCAGAUGCGGAGCAGGAGACUGGGGCUUAG